CGCCGCGCAGACCCCUCGCGGGCCGGGGCCGGGACGUCCGGAAGACCGGGCUCCGGGGCGCAGACCCCGCCCGGGCUGGCGCGGCGCCGGCUGCGGGCUUCCACUCAGUCUUUGACCCUCCGUCCCCACCCGGGCCCUGCCCCCUCGCAGGCCGCAGCACGGUGACCGCUGCCCCGGCGGCCGCCGCUCCUUUUCGGGCAGGCAGGCGGGCGGAGAGCGCGGCGCGGCGGGGCCGGCGGCAUGGCUGUGUCCUGGAGGAGCUGGCUGGCCAACGAAGGGGUUAAGCACCUCUGCCUGCUUAUCUGGCUCUCCCUGAAUGUCCUGCUUUUCUGGAAAACCUUCCUGCUGUAUAACCGAGGGCCAGAGUAUCACUACCUCCACCAGAUGUUGGGGCUAGGAUUGUGCCUAAGCAGAGCCUCCGCAUCUGUUCUUAACCUCAACUGCAGCCUUAUCCUCUUACCCAUGUGCCGGACACUCCUGGCUUACCUUCGAGGAUCCCAGAAGGUUCCAAGCAGGAGAACCAGAAGACUGUUGGAUAAAAGCAGAACAUUCCAUAUAACCUGUGGUGUUACUAUCUGUAUUUUUUCAGGUGUGCACGUGGCUGCCCACCUGGUGAACGCCCUCAACUUCUCCGUGAACUAUCGCGAGGAUUUCGUUGAACUGAAUGCCGCCAGAUACCGAGACGAGGAUCCCAGAAAACUUCUCUUCACAACUGUUCCUGGCCUGACAGGGGUCUGCAUGGUAUUGGUGCUAUUCCUGAUGAUUACAGCUUCAACAUAUGCGAUACGAGUUUCUAACUAUGACAUCUUCUGGUAUACUCAUAAUCUCUUCUUUGUCUUCUACAUGCUGCUGAUGUUACAUGUUUCAGGAGGGCUGCUGAAGUAUCAAACUAAUUUAGAUACCCACCCUCCUGGCUGCAUCAAUCUUAAUGGAACGCACUACCAGGAUGUCCACUUAGCAGAGUAUCUUCCAGAACAUGUUCAUGAAUCUGUCCCUGGAGGAUUUUCAGAACCAGACGAGCUUACCCAGCACACAUUUGUGAAGAUCUGCGUGGAAGAGCCCAGGUUCCAAGCUAACUUUCCGCAGACCUGGCUUUGGAUUUCUGGACCUUUGUGCCUGUAUUGUGCCGAAAGACUUUAUAGGUGUAUCCGGAGCAAUAAACCAGUCACUAUCAUUUCGGUCAUAAGUCAUCCCUCAGAUGUCAUGGAAAUCCGAAUGGUCAAAGAAAAUUUUAAAGCAAGACCUGGUCAGUAUAUUAUUCUACAUUGUCCCAGUGUGUCCGCGUUAGAAAACCAUCCAUUUACCCUCACAAUGUGUCCUACUGAAACCAAAGCAACAUUUGGGGUCCACCUUAAAAUAGUAGGAGACUGGACAGAACGAUUUCGAGAUUUACUACUUCCUCCAUCCAGUCAAGACUCUGAGAUUCUGCCCUUCAUUCAAUCUAGACAGUAUCCCAAGCUAUACAUUGAUGGUCCCUUUGGAAGCCCCUUUGAGGAAUCCCUGAACUAUGAGGUUAGCCUCUGCGUGGCUGGAGGCAUUGGAGUAACUCCAUUUGCAUCAAUACUCAACACCCUGCUGGAUGACUGGAAACCGUACAAGCUUAGAAGACUGUAUUUUAUCUGGGUCUGCAGAGACAUCCAGUCCUUCCGGUGGUUUGCAGACUUACUCUGUGUGUUGCAUAACAAGUUUUGGCAAGAGAACAGACCUGACUAUGUCAACAUCCAGCUGUACCUCAGUCAGACAGAUGGGCUCCAGAAGAUAAUUGGAGAAAAAUAUCCUGCACUGAAUUCAAGACUUUUUAUUGGACGUCCUCGAUGGAAACUUCUGUUUGAUGAAAUAGCAAAAUGUAACAGAGGGAAAACAGUUGGCGUUUUUUGCUGUGGACCAAAUUCAAUUUCUAAGACGCUUCAUAAGCUAAGUAACCAAAACAAUUCAUAUGGGACAAGAUUUGAAUACAAUAAAGAAUCUUUCAGCUGAAAACCUUUGAGAUGAAGCAGGACUCUAAGGAAGGAAUGAGUGCAAUUUUUAAGCCUUUUUGAAAUGCAGCUGAAUCAAACAGCUGUGUCAUGCCAAAGAAUAGCAAGGCUUUCUUAUUUAUGAUUAUUUAAAAUGGAAAUGCAGAGAAUGUGGCAAGAUGACACAUCACAUUUUGUGUUUGAUCUGGAAACCAAAGAGGCCCUGAAGAAUAGUUGAUGUGAUUAUUCACUUUUCACUGCUCAAAUUAAAAGAAAACUAUUAGAUGCACACUGUUGAUUUUUACGGCAGAUUCAAGAACCCCUAGAGAGGAGCUGCACUUGCUCACUGUGAGGCUGAUAGCCUUGGUCCUCUUUAAAUUGUUUUUGGUUGAACAAAUGCAAGAUUGAACAAAAUUAAAAAUUCAUUGAAACGCAGAUUACAUUUUCUACGUGAGUAUAAACAGAGAAACUUUGAUUUAGAAAAGCUCCAGGCAAAUAUAUUAGAUGUUUGAAAAUACAGCACAGGACUCUGUAUUGAUACGGGUACUUUGUGUCAAUAUCUCAUCUUGCUCACUACUGAUGCUAAUACUCCUCUACUGGGUAUCUGUCGUGUUUAUGCACCAUGAACCUUGUGCAGAUGUUGAUACAUCUAUUUUUUAUAUAUUUCUUUCUUCUUUA